UACCCGAGUGACAUUUAGCACCUGAACCUGCAGAGGAGCGACACUCUGACUCAACCUUUGAACAGUAGCCUACCUAGCCAAACCACUUCUUAACGAUCCACCUGAUUGUUCCUUUAUCUGUGCGAUCACACAUCGUUUAGUGACUGAAAGGCUGUUUCUGUGUAGCUAGGCACUCCGGACAACUAACCGCCAAGAUGUCGAUGGACCAGCCGGAGGAUCUGGAGAUGGAGGGAGAGGAGGGGAUAGACUCCAAGGAGCUGAAGAAGCAGCUGGCCGAGUCUAAGGCAGUUAAAGUGCUGAUGCUGGGUGCUGAGGAGUCUGGGAAAAGCACCAUUGUAAAACAAAUGAAAAUCCUUCACCUGGGUGGUUUUAAUAAGGAGGAGAAGGUGUCAUCCAGAGGGGCGAUCUUUGGUAACAUCCUGCAGUCUGCUCUGUCUAUCGUCAGAGGCAUGGGCAUCCUGGGGAUCAAGUACGGAUCCCCGGCUGCGGAGGAUGAAGGCACGAAGCUGGAGAACCUAUCCAACUCUACUGAGGAGGGAACCAUGUCUCCUGAGCUGGCUGAGUGCAUCAAGAAGCUGUGGAUGGACCCUGGCAUCCAGGAGUGUUUCGAGUCAGCAGCCGAGGGCUACCAUCUCCUCGACUCCGCUCACUACUUCCUCAGUGAUCUGGAACGUAUCACCCAGGCUGACUUCACUCCUAACGACCAGGACAUCAUUCGGUGCAGGAUCAAGACCGACGGGGUCAACGAGGAGAGGUUCAUCUGCAAAGAUGUCAAAUUCAGGAUGUUUGAUAUGAGCGGUAGAAGAGAAGAGAGGAAGAAGUGGAUCCACUGUUUCCAGGGCGUCCAUUGCAUCCUGUUCUGUAGUUCCCUCAGCGCGUAUGACCUGGUGCUGCUGGAGGACGAGGAAAUGAACCGCAUGCACGAGUCUCUCCAUCUAUUCAACAGUAUCUGCAACCACAGGUUCUUCGAGGACACCAUCCACGUGCUCUUCCUCAACAAGAAGGACGUCUUCAAGGAGAAGAUCAAGAAUGUCCACCUCAAUGUCUGCUUCCCCGACUACGAUGGGCCCAACACAUACGAAGACGCCAGCAACCACGUGAAGAUGCAGUUUGAGUCUCUGAACUUGAGGCAGGCGGAGAAACCCAUCUACACCCACAUCACCUGCGCUGUCGAGACACAGGACGUGAACCAGGCCUUCAACACCAUCACAGACGUUAUCAAAACCAACCUAAAAGACGCCGGGCUGUUCUGAGCAGCUCCUGACUGAAGAACUUCCAACAGCCAACUCACUGGUUUUUAUUGGGCCACUGUGCUGGAGAAGGUGGACAGUUGGUGGACAACUGUUUACCCUGCUGUCAUCGUCACCACCGCCGAGCCCUGGUUCCUCGGAUGCAUCCCUCUACUACUACAACAUCAUCAUGUCCAUUGGGUAGAAAACAGAGUAUCAACAUUUAACAUUUUUGUUGUAAAAAAAUAAAAUGAAAGUGCUCCUUGGACGGCACUUAUAUUGUGUAACGUACCUUUAAACCCCUGAAGCUAGUGUUUAUGUUUUACCUUCUACUACAACAUCAUCAUCAUCAUCAAGUCCAUUUUAACUGAAGCUAGUGUUUAUGUUUUACCUUCUACUACAACAUCAUCAUCAAGUCCAUUUUAACUGAAGCUAGUGUUUGUUUUACCUUCUACUACAACAUCAUCAUCAAGUCCAUUUUAACUGAAGCUAGUGUUUAUGUUUUACCUUCUACUACAACAUCAUCAUCAUCAUCAUCAAGUCCAUUUUAACUGAAGCUAGUGUUUAUGUUUUACCUUCUACUACAACAUCAUCAUCAUCAUCAUCAAGUCCAUUUUAACUGAAGCUAGUGUUUAUGUUUUACCUUCUACUACAACAUCACAUCAUCAUCAUCAAGUCCAUUUUAACUGAAGCUAGUGUUUAUGUUUUACCUUCAGUAGUCUCCUGCUGUUUCUCUUUAACUUUUGUAAAAAAGUUACCAAGUUAACAGCAGAUAUUUGAAAAUGAUCAUCUAUUUUUAAUUGAAUCUAUUUUAAUAGCAUAAACUGUCUAUUGUGAGACACAAGCUUAGACUAAAUAAUAAUAGACCAAACUCUAUUUUGACCAGACCAAUAUAUCGCAAGUACUGUUAGAAAGGGAUCGUUUUGAAUAUUACGUUUGCCCUUAUUUUUGAAGUUUAGAGACAAAAUAAAGAUGGAUAGACUUCUCUGUA